GACGCGAUUUUCCACCCAUACACACGUAUUUCUAGGUUAUAUUAAAUCUAUUACAAAUAUAUUAUUGGUUACGAGAAAACGUGCCUUGACUCUUAACACAAUACAAAUAAAGUUCAAAGAAAGAUUUGUGAAUGCAGUUUAUAAGUUGUUGAAAGAAGUGACACCCAAAAGAAUAUAAAGACGCCAAAUCAAAUAUUACUCUUUAUAAUUAUAGUAUAGAUUGAACACAUGACCAUAUUUUGAUAAUAAAGAAUAGAUAUUAGUGUCAUAAUAUUGAUAUUGUAAUGCAAUAUUAAAGUCUAUGUGAACAAAGUAACUGUGAUAUAGUAACGUAAUUAUGUGACAAUGGAUCCUCAAGAAUUAGUGCCUUUAGAAUCAGACCUACAUAGGCCCCAGCGGCCUGCAGUUGGACGUCAUUGCAGCCGCAUCGCAUCACAAUCCUGCACACAGGUCCCGCUCAGGCUGUGCAGGAUGCUGGCCCUGUUGAUUAUGGUGCCGAGCGCUUUUAUAUUCGUACCUUUAUAUUUAAGAUACAGAGUAUAUUCUGGCCAGAUGUACCCGAUGAGUAUGACCGACAUGAGGCUGAUCGACAGCAAGAUAUCGACCACCUGGUGCCAGAGACAAGUGGUGAAGUCCAAUGCAACAUUUAACGCGUUCGUGGUCCCAGGUCCCCCGGAGUUCAGUCAGGAGCUGGUCCCCGUGUCCAUGACGAGGAAGCUGGAACUAGAAGACGACAUGAAAGAAUACUGGGGAUUUUAUCUGCUGAAGGGGUCCAGCGUGACUGUGUCUACUUGCGUUAGAUGGCCUGGCGCUUCCCUCAUCAUGAUCAAAGGGUAUAAACACCUGAAAGACUGCGCGUACAUCGGAGACGAUUCCUCUGAAGAGUUGGACGAACUGAUGGAAGCCAACAAGCUCGGGUUAAUCAGCAACGUGGAGCUGAUGGAGAAGAUACAGCAGCUGAAUAAGGUUGAUGGGAAAGCUAAUCAACCAGAUGCCAUGAAGAGGCACAAAGCCGGUGUCAGCUUCCACGACCCAAACAAUAUAGACAACAUCACAUCUCCAGACAAUGUUCCGACAAUAGACGUUACUGAUCAUGAUCCUAAGGAGCUCCGUGAGAUCCUAGAACGUCUCCACGCAAUCAGAGAAGCAGCUAAACAGGAGUCGUUGAAGUACUACCGGCCUCCCGACCACCUGAUGUCGCUGCCAGCCCUCCACAGGCACAGGGACACCAAUGUCGAUAAGGAUGAGAGAAGAUUUUUGAGCUUUAAAGAUAUUGAUGGUAAAAAUAGUGAAAUAGACACAAAUUCUGACAAUCAAACAACAGAUAUUAUUGAAACUAAAGUAACUACGGUUAUACCAACAAGUACAAUGGAAGCAUCAGGAAAUUCACAUACAGAUAAGAUUGAACCUACAACUGUUAUCAAUGACGAGGAAAUAACUAAAAAUAUUAAUAAAGAAGUGGAAUCUGCUACUGAUGGUCUAAAACUCAUUGCUACGAAGUUUACAACUGAAAAACCAAUCACUGAAGAACCCAAUUCAAGAGAAGUUUUCGAAGAUGUGCUAAGGAGGCUGAAGGUUUUAGGAGAUAGGGGGAAGCGAGUGCUUGUUCGAUUGCAUGACACCAUGGGGGUGGAAUAUCAAGAGUCUACAGAUACGGGGCCUAAACCUGAUAUCAUGUCCAAGAUAGCUGGCAGCAGUGAAGAGCUGGAUCAUCUGAGACAGGUGCUCGUGGAAGCCAUAGACGAGGAAAAGACGAGGUACCAGAGACAACAAAAACGUCGUGAUGCCCGCGACACUGCUCGCGCUAAGAGGGAACUGAUGCUGGGUCAGAUUGAACUGGAGAAGUCAUUCAAUGAAGACGAUGAAGCCAGAGACUACGCUGCUGAAGAGGGCCUCCUCCAGCCAGAUGGUUAUGCAGAACACCACGAGCAAGUGAACGAGACAACAGACUUCGACAUGUCUAACUCUGAAUACUGGUCAUCAUUCUCCAGCAGCGAGGAGGCGUUGCUAGAAUGCGACGGACUGAUAUUAAACCUGCCGUUGACUCCCUCUGCCAGUUGUACUGACGAUGGAUCGGAUGAACAAACUAACAGGGCUGCUCGAUCUAACGCCUUGACUUACAGAGUGCCAGCCAAUGGUUACUACUUCUUUGUAUUCAACUCGGAGAACGAGGUGCAGACGAACUUCAUCAAAGCCAAGUUUGACCUUCAGAAGACCAGAUACGACGUGGCCAGAACAGCUUUGAGGGAGUGCAAGAAUAGCACGGAGAGAUGUGACCUCUCGCUCGAUAUAUUUUCGAGCCAAAAGGUGGUCCUGGAAGUACCACUGCGCAACAACGAGUCCCUUUGGAAUGAGCAGUUCGUGAUCGUAUCGGAAUGUGAACCCAGGACAUCCGUGUAUCUGUUCUGUGUCAUCGCCGUGCCAAUACUCAUAUUGGUAUUCGCUUUCCAAUGAGGGAUAUAUUUGUGGUUUUUAGCUCCAGACGCAAAAUGAGGGGUGUUACAAGUUUGACCGCUAAGUGUGUCUGUCUGUGAACCGUAGCUCAUCAACGUGUGAACCUAUUCUGAUGCGAUUUGUUUUUAAAUUUGAUAACAUUUUUUUUUGCGGUGGUUCUUAGAUAUGUUUGAUCGAAAUCGGUUCGGCCGUUCAAAAAUUGUAGCGAAAUGAAUAUUGAAAAUCGUGGGUUUUUUAAUUUGUCUGCAAAAUAAACUUGAGAAACGUAAAGACAAUACACAGAUAUAAGAUUUUAAUGUAACAUUCUUAUAAAACAGUUGGCAUAUUCAUACGGUUUGCAUAUAUCAUUAUAUGGCCAUUUGUAUGACAGCUCUAAUUUAGCUCAAGAGGUAAAUUAAAGCUCUCAUACAAUCUAAACAAUGAAGGAACGAAAGAAAUAUAUUUAUUUGGUUAUUUGGUAAAUACAACACACAAUAGAAAUAUUUAGAAAUAUCUGCGCCGCGUUGCUUCGCUCCAGUGGGAAUUUUGGGAUAAAAAGUAUGUGUUAUUCCAGGCUAUAUUCAGGUACCCGUGUACCAAAUUUCAUAACAAUCCGUCCAGUAGAUUUUGCGUGAAAGUAUUAAACUUUCUACUACACACAUACAUCGUUACGAACUUUCGCAUCUAUUGUAUUAGUAGGAUUUCAUGUGCCAACAAACAGCCAUUUAGUUACAAGUUUUCAUAAUUAACUCGAUCAUGUUUUCCCGCCUUUAUUAACGAACUACCUACAUAUUAAUAGAUUAAGUGCGUCUUAAUAUGUAAGUAAAGAAUUUUGUUGAUAAAUAUGACUAGUCAUUAAGAAAUAAAUUAUACAACAUUAAUUAUUUAUUGUA